AUGGUCGGAGUGCGUAGAAUUAAUUUAAUUUUCUGUUUAAUGGUUCUCGUAUCUUCCGUUGUGAGCAAUGUCCCUGGUUCCUACUAUGAGUGGGCUGAACCCGAAGCCAGGAUAAUAUCUGCGUCAAGUAAAUUGAAUCGCCAGCUGAGCCUUCAACGGGUGACAUCCCUUCGUGAGGUGAUGCUGACAAACGGAAUCCAAGCUUACAUUGUACCAACAGCAGAUGCUCAUAACUCUCAAUACAUAGCACCGUCGGAUGCCCGACGCGAAUGGAUUUCUGGACUGUCAGGGUCGUCUGGAACCGCUCUGGUGACGGACACAACAGCUCUUGUGUGGACGGACGGACGCUAUUUCACACAGUUCUAUUUGCAAGUUGACACUAGUGUUUGGGGCUUGAUGAGGCAGGGUACCGAUCUCUCGUUACAAGCGUGGUUGGUGCAAAAUAUGCCCCCGAAUUCAGUGGUGGGAGUCGAUCCCACUACCUACACUAGAUCGGCUUGGACGCCUUUAUAUAAUGCACUCGCAGCUGUCAAUGUGACAUUGAAAGCAAUUGACCAGAACCUCGUGGACGUCGCUAGAACCAAUAUUGGGGAUCCACCACCACCAAGACCCAAUGAACCGCUAAAGUCUCUCAACGUUAGUUACACAGGUAGAACAUCUAACGAGAAGAUAUCCGAUUUGAUGCAACAGCUGACGGACCGCGGAAUUGCUGCAUUAAUUUUAACGGCCCUUGAUGAUAUCGCUUACACACUAAAUGUCCGCGGUUCAGACAUACCUUACAACCCGGUGUUCUUUUCGUAUCUCAUAAUAAGAGCCGACUUGAACGUGAAUAACACCAUACUAUUUUGGGAUAACGGAACACUUUCGUCCGAUAUCGAAGAACAUUUUACGGCUGAGAAAAUUCAAGUUGUCCCCAAACCAUAUUCUGAAGUCUUCACUUAUAUCCAGGAUAUGACUAACGAGUUACAAGAAGGGUCUACCUUGUGGCUUCCAGUUGGAGCGAGUCAUGCAGUUCAUACUAUAGCUGAAGCGGAAGGCUCUGUGAAGAUUUUGAGCGCAGUGUCGCCAGUAGCUCUCAUGAAAUGUGUUAAAAAUCGAGUUGAACUUGAGGGCUUCAGAUCAGCUCAUGUAAAAGAUGGGGUGGCAGUAGUCCGCUUCCUUCGCUGGAUCCACGAGCAGGUGGACGCUGGACGGAACGUCACGGAAAUAGAUGUUGUGGAUAAACUGGACGCAUUGAGAGGCGAAGAGUAUGGAUACCGCGGCCCGUCGUUUGCAACGAUCGCCGGCGCAGGGGAGAACGGGGCAAUCAUUCACUACAAACCGUCUCGGGAAGGGGAGCAACGUGUCAUCACGAAGGGGGAUAUGUUGCUGGUGGACUCGGGGGGACAGUAUUUGGACGGAACAACUGACAUAACGAGAACUAGACAUAUGUCAACGCCCACGGAAAGGCAACGCAUGACUUCCACGAGGGUAAUGAAGGGGUUCAUAUCUCUCGCUACCGCGGUCUUUCCCAAAGGCACGACAGGAAAUAUCUUAGAAACGCUAGCUCGCAAGUCUCUCUGGGACGUCGGCCUGAACUACGCGCAUGGGACCGGCCACGGCGUCGGUCACUUCCUGAACGUGCACGAAGGCCCCUCGGGGAUCGGCAGUGCUCUUAUGGCGAACGACCCAGGCAUCGUGCCUGGGAUGAUUUUCAGUGAUGAACCAGGGUACUAUGAAGUAGAUGAAUACGGUAUACGUCAUGAAGAUCUAGUAGAAGUAAUCGAGAUGAAUCGACAAGCUGUUCACAUUUUUGCUGACCAGAUAGUUGGUAACUUCUCCGGCGCGGGAGCAGUGGCCUUCUCUACACUUUCCCUGGCUCCACACCAAGCCGCCAUCUUGGAUCCUAAUCUUCUCAGCGACGAUGAGAUAAAAUACCUGAAUACGUACCACGAGCGAGUACUGUCCACCCUCGGCCCGGUUCUUCUGAGUCGUAAUCUGACAGAAGAUUACACUUGGCUCGUAAAAGAAUGCGCGCCAUUACGUCGAAACGCCGCCAUUCUGUUGAAAUCCGCGCCAAUUUUAAUAACGGCUUUGCUAAGUUUCGUUUUUAGGUUAUAA